GAUAUAAAGGUAGACCACAAACCUAUAUAGCAAGAUACCUUCUAAAUGGGUUUCAUGUCAAAUUAGACGUAAAAAGUGCUUAUACAAUAUGUGAUGAGGAAAAAGUUGAUAACUUACGGCUUCAAAUUGCAAAAAGGCACUAUAAUAAAAAAGAAUACGAGAAAGCUUGGACUAUUUUUUUGAUAUUUAUACUUGUAAAUUCAGAAGGAUAUUAUCAUGAAAUACAAACUGAAAUAGAUAUAAAUUUUAAAUAUUUAUAUUUGCUUAAAAAGGCAAGAACUUUACAUGAGAAAGGAAAUUAUGUUGAAGCAUGGAAUCUCUUAGCAGAAGUAAGUGAAAGUAAGACUGAAUAUUCUUAUGAUACUAAAUAUUGGAGUGCAAUUUGCCUUUUAAAUGGGCAUGAUAGUUGUGUCAAGCAAGAUGAGAAACGUGCUUAUAAAUAUUUUGAAGCAGUUUUUACCUGCUUUUCAAAUGUUAAUACU